AAGAUUAUUCAAACAUUUUAAAGCUGUGUUGUCAGCUAUGAACAUUAAUGGCUGUCCAUUUUAAAUUUUAAUUUCACAAGUAUGGGUGUAUUUUAUGUUGUACAUUUUAAAAACACAGGAACUGUAACGUUGCAGGCGCGGCAGGGUACUCAGUGGAGUACAGAGCAUUCGCUCUAGAGAACCACGGCCCUGCCAAAAAUAUCUGAAUCCAAAGAAUUUACUGCGCGAGUAGUUUAUUUUGUGUUGAAAAUGUGUAUAUUUUGAGUUUACGGAUAUGCUGCGCAACAGCUAGGACUUAAGAAAUUAAUUGGUAAACGUAGUCGUAAUACAAAAUCCGAAAAUGAAGCUUGCUAAGUAGCUAGCUUCAUGUGAUUUAAAACUGUGGUAGUAGUAGUAGUUGGCUAGCUAUAGCAACUGGCGGCUAGACAGGCGGAUGAUUAAUCAUUAUUAUAAAUUAGACAUCGUCAGUGAAUGAUAUUUUCGAUCUAUUAGCUGCAGUCCUGGCCUGUAUAUUUGCAAUUUAAUUUUUAUUAUCUGGAAUAGAGACAAAAACGUUCGAAUCAACUAGGCAUAAGGUAACUAUCUGACGAGCUAGGUAGCUAGCUACAUGGCUUUUUGAGCUUGUACCCUGAAAGGCCGUCACGGAUGAAAGUAGUGUUGUAGUAUGUAUGGUGAAUGUCCUGGUUACUGCAACUAGCUUGUUAUUUCACUACCGUUACGCCAGAUAGCUUAGAAGAAACUGUAACGUUAAUUUUUGGGUGGAGCCAUAGCAACGUGUGGACUUAGUUACAAUGAAACAAUCCUGUUUUACUGUGAAAGAGGGCGUCAGUUUGGGCAUCAGAAUGGUGUAAAGUGGAGCUCCCAUGUCUCCGGAUUCGGCGUUCUAGUGUGAAUUAUGAAGCGGAUCGUCUGGCUGGUUACAAGCAUAAACAGACGAAUGAUGAAGUUUCUAGUGGCGCUCGCUUUGAUUGCAUACAUAGCAUCUGUCUGGGGAACCUACACAAACAUGAGGUCCAUACAGGAGCAGGGGGAGAUGAAGAUUGAACACAAGAUAAACGAGGCCGUCGCCCCUCUUCGGGAGAAGAUCCGAGAUCUGGAGCUCAGUCUUUCACAGAAGUACCCUCCAGUGAAGUUCCUGUCGGAGAAGGACAGGAAACGGAUUUUGAUCACCGGGGGGGCGGGGUUUGUGGGCUCCCACCUGACGGACAAGCUGAUGAUGGACGGGCACGAGGUGACGGUGGUGGACAACUUCUUCACGGGCCGCAAGCGCAACGUGGAGCACUGGAUCGGCCACGAGAACUUCGAGCUGAUCAACCACGACGUGGUGGAGCCGCUGUACAUCGAAGUGGAUCAGAUUUAUCACUUGGCCUCCCCCGCCUCUCCCCCGAAUUACAUGUACAACCCCAUAAAGACCCUGAAGACCAACACCAUCGGGACGCUGAACAUGCUGGGGUUGGCCAAGCGAGUCGGUGCCCGCCUGCUGCUGGCGUCCACGUCGGAGGUGUACGGCGACCCAGAAGUGCACCCCCAGAGCGAGGAGUAUUGGGGUCACGUGAACCCCAUUGGGCCCAGAGCGUGCUACGACGAGGGCAAGCGCGUGGCCGAGACCAUGUGCUACGCCUACAUGAAGCAGGAAGGAGUGGAGGUGAGGGUGGCCAGGAUCUUCAACACCUUCGGCUCCCGGAUGCACAUGAACGACGGGCGCGUGGUCAGCAACUUCAUCCUGCAGGCCCUGCAGGGGGAGCCGCUCACGGUUUAUGGAUCAGGAUCCCAGACCAGAGCCUUCCAGUAUGUCAGUGAUUUGGUGAACGGGCUGGUGUCCUUAAUGAACAGUAACAUCAGCAGCCCCGUCAACUUGGGGAACCCAGAAGAGCACACCAUAUUGGAAUUUGCCCGUCUUAUUAAGAGCCUGGUCGUGAGUCGCAGUCAGAUCCAGUUCCUCCCGGAGGCUCAGGACGACCCCCAGCGCCGACGCCCGGACAUCCGCAAGGCUAAACUCAUGCUGGGCUGGGAACCUGUGGUGCCGCUGGAGGAGGGGCUGAAUAAGACCAUCCAGUACUUCAGCAGGGAGCUGGAGCACCAGGCCAAUAACCAGUACAUCCCCAAACCCAAGCCCGCCCGCAUGAAGAAGGGCCGGCCCAGACACACGUGAGGGACGGGUCCGCAAAACUGCCCCCCCCCCCUCCUCCCCCCCCCCAAAGAAGAAAUCCUGCGCUCCGAGCCGCCGCAACCUUUGCGUUCAGCGAAUAGCAGACCGGUAACCGUUCUCGUUCGCCCAGACGGACGGACGGACGGACACGCCCAGAUCGACGGGCAACUCCUAAAACUUAGCCGCAGUCCUCGCCUGUUGGAUUUUCUUAUUUAAAAAAAAGAAAGAAAAACUGAAGUUGAGCUGCCCAGUGCUGGGGAGCCUGAUGCGAGGUUGUUUUGUGUGAUCUGUUUUCUGUGUGUUUUUUUGUACAAGCUUUCUUCGCUCCAGAGGUCUUCGUUUUAUGUAAGAGAAAUUAUUCAGCUUGGUCUUACUUAAGUCGACUUAAGAUGAUACAUGUUUACUCCUGGGGUCAGCAGCGGACACUACCACGUGCGCAUGGGUUCCAGUCCUGGACACUACCACGUGUGCUUGGGUUUCAGUCCUGGACACUACCACGUGUGCUUGGGUUUCAGUCCUGGACACUACUACGUGUGCUUGGGUUCCAGUCCUGGAGACUACCACGUGCGCUUGGAUUCCAGUCAUGGACACUACCACAUGCGCUUGGGUUCCAGUCAUGGACACUACCACGUGCGCUUGGAUUCCAGUCAUGGACACUACCACGUGUGCUUUGGUUCCAGUCCCAGACGCUGCAGAACACUGGCCUCUUUGUCUUUCUCAUUUUUGAAAACUUUUACAGUCUUGUUCUAAAUUAUGUAUAAAUUUAGCUAAGCUAAAAUGUGUGCAAAUAGAAACGUUGGAGUUGUUUGUUUCUGUGGCGGUGUGUGGACAGUGAAUUCAGACGGGAGGAUUUCUGAGCAUGCUCUACUACAGAAAGAUGAUUGUAUUGCUGACUACUUGGGGAAUACUCUGUUUAAAUAAAAUAUUGACAAAAGAAA